UAUUAAUUCUAAAUGUGUUGUCGUUAACUUGUCAAAACUACUAUGCCCGUUUUCUCGUCUAAUUUAAACAAUUAUGUUAGUAGAGUAUAUAUUGGUGGCGUGUCUGUACGUGUUUGCAUACUUUUAUACUGAUUACAUAAUACGUUUUCCGUUUUUGCACAAGAACAUCAAGUAAAUAAGUAAGAUAUUUUUAAUUAAAAAAAAAAUGGUGUAUCCGCAUACUUAUCGUACAGAACACAGUGAAACACGUACUACGAACAUGACCUAUGGAGAAUAUUACGCUCUCGAAAAAAGCAAAAAGAUUGCCAUCCAACCGGAUUUAUUGAAACAUUUACAAUUCUGCGAUUCGAGACGUCAACAGUUUAUAGACGAUUUGAACGAUGCAGUUAAAAUUAAAAGUGUAUCGGGAAAUUACGACCAUAUAAAAGAUAUGAUACAUAUGAUUAAAUUCGUUGAAGGUUGGAUGAUUAGAUUGGGCAUUGCAUACGAGUGCUUUUAUAUUGGAUUUCAUGAGUUGGAUGGAAAAAGAGUUAGAUUACCGCCUGUAAUUUUGGCUAGUAUAGGAAAUGAUCGUACUAAAAAAACGGUAUGUAUUUAUGGAUAUUUAGACGUCCCACUUCCAGAUGAAAGCAAAUGGAAUACUGAUCCGUGGGUAGUGACACAGAUCGAUAAAUUUUUGUAUGGUAAUGGUGUUGCUUCGGGUAAAUCUGCUCUUAUGUGCUGGUUUCAUGCCAUCGAAGGAAUCUUAACAACUUCAAAAUUACCUAUAAACAUUAAAUUCAUCAUUGAAUCUAUGCAUCAUUGUCGCAGUGAAGGUUUGGAUGAAUUCUUGAUGACGAAAAAAUUAGACUUUUUGUGUAACAUUGAUUAUGUAGUUAUGUGUGAUUCGCAAUGGAUUGGAGAAAAGUAUCCUUGUAUAACUUACGGCGCAGUUGGUAUCAUACACGCUCAAGUUACUAUCGAAAAAGUUGAAGGUUCUGAUACAGAACCUAAAGAUGAUGCAGAUAAAAUUUUCGACACCUUAAUCGGUGAUAGAGGGCAUGUUCUUAUUCCAGAAUUUAGCGACACAGUUAUGCAGAUCUCACCGGAUGAGGAAAUGCUUUACGAGAAAAUACAAGAUUUUGAUGUGACUGAAUUAGCUCCCAACUUAGAACCUUUCCAAAAGGAUUGGGAUCAAGUGAAGUUGCUAAUGCAUUUCUGGAGGUUACCAUCAAUAUAUAUUGAACCCACUCAAAUUUGUACCUGUGAUAAGAAAGAUUUUUCCGUUGUAAAGAAAGAUUUUAUGAUAAAGAUAGUUCCCAAUCAAGCUGUUGAAAAAAUAAUCCAACUGACGAAUAAACAUAUUACGAAUACAGCGGAAAAAAUGGGAAUUAAAAACAAGAUUGAAAUGGACGUUCCAACUUUUACAAGACCUUGGUUGGAAAACAGCAGAACUCCUAAUUAUACAGCUGCCAGACGAGCUACCAUUCAGAUUUACAAAGAAGAUCCGAGCAUGAUUCGAGAUGAUAGAGCAUACGUAAUUAUGAACAUAUUACAAAAAAUUGUAGACAAGAACAUUUUAUUACUACCGUUGGGUAAUAAAGACAUAAACGCCGGUAGAGAGAAUGAAAAUAUAACCCUGAAGAACUAUCAAGAAGGCACAAAACUUCUCGCUGCGUAUCUGUUUCAAUUAGGGUAUAUUGGAUAGACUUGUGUUAUAUGGAAGUGUAGCGAGCGUUGAACUGAGAAUGUAGGGUCAUUAGUCAAAAGCGUAGUUUACACACUCUCGUGGUAACGAGAGUACUAAGUGAAAAUUAUUGUCUAAUAAAUGAAUAUCUUGUAAAAUAAAUAUACAUUCAAAAAAUUAAUCAUUUAUGUUAAA